AUGAAGUUAUUUAUUCUUGAUUAUGAGAAGAAAAGAACAAAGAUAGGAAAAGGGAUGGCAAGAAGAGAAUUGAAAAUGAUGAACAAGAAGCCUGAUUUAUAUACGAUUAUUGUAUCUUAUUUUUCAAUUUUUUCGUUGUUUUUUUUUUAG